AUGCCGAGCACUCGUCUGUACACCAAGGGCCGUAUUCUGGGACACAAGCGCGGCAAGCGCAACACCCGUCCCAACACCUCGCUCAUCCAGAUCGAGGGUGUCUCGAACAAGGACGAGGCUCAAUUCUAUCUCGGCAAGCGACUUGCAUAUGUCUACAAGGCAAAGCGGGAAAUCAAGGGGUCUAAGAUUAGGGUUAUCUGGGGUCGUGUAACUCGCCCACAUGGUAACUCGGGUGUUGUAAAGAGCAAAUUCCGAUCCAACAUUCCUCCUCAUGCAUUUGGCGCGAGUGUCCGAGUGAUGCUCUACCCCUCCUCGAUUUGA